AUGCUGGUACAGGACUUCACACGCAAGUUUCUCGACGAGUACAUCGCGGAGUCCCUCGCUGCACUACGCGUCGAAGCUAAGGCGAUUCUAUUCAACUCCCUCACACCAAUCCUCCAACAAGUCAUCGGAUCGUAUACCUCUCCCUUCUCCCUCUGGGUCGCACUUACGGCGCACCAUGAAUCCUGCACCCGCGACUCCUUGAUUCUGUUUGCGAGUCUCAAGUAUACCAAGGGAAAAACGGAUCAAUGCUCCGGUGAUUCCGAAUCCCGUCGACGCCAAGUUGCCGAGGCUGCCACCUACGCUACGCCUAACACCACUCAACCUUCGCCUCUAUAUACCGCAGCAGCAGCCCCUUCUUACGAGUAA